AUGAGCGCCGAAGCUAGGUUGUAUACAUUCUCGCAGGAGACCAAAGACCAUCUGCGCAAGUUCCGGCUGGGCACCUCGCGCGCUAACGAUCCCCAAGCCGUGAUAUACUAUAUCGACAAGUCGACACACGAGAUCAAGCAGGAUGAGGACAAGGUUGUCUACAAAUCCCUUGAGGAAGUAGGCGACGAUCUUCCCGAUCAUGCGCCACGAUUCGUACUCCUCAGCUAUCCUUUGACACUGCCAUCCGGACGUCUUUCUGUCCCAUACGUACUCUUGUACUACCUGCCCAUUACCUGCAAUAGUGAGCUGAGGAUGCUUUACGCCGGAGCCAAGGAACUUAUGCGUAACACGAGCGAGGUUGGCCGUGUUAUCGAUAUUGAGAAUGUUGAAGAUCUAGAGGAGAUACCGAAGAAGCUGGGUUCUGAGUGA